UUCAUAUACGCACGUUCAACUUCACUGUUACUACCGCCACCAUGGCCACUACCACCAUCACUCAUUCUGGACGUCUGCAUGGUAAAGUCGCAAUUGUUACGGGGGCUGGAUCAGGCUUCGGCUACGGCAUCGCAAAGAAGUUCGUCGAGGAGGGAGCAAAGGUUAUUGUCGCCGACAUUUCAGAAAAAAAUGGCCAGGCAGUUGCAGCAGAGCUGGGUAGCAAGUUCAUCUACACAGAUGUGACUCGGCGAGAUGAUUGGCAAGCGCUUCUCCAAGCUACGCUGGACGAAUAUAAGACACUCGAUAUUGUGGUCAACAAUGCGGGCGCAACAUACUCUAACAAACCUACUACUGAAGUUACGGAUGCUGAUUUCGACCUCUGCGUGAAUGUCAAUGUAAGGUCGAUAUACCUCUCCACCAGUGUUAUCGUGCCAUACUUUCUAGAACACAAUCGCCCAGGAUGCUUCAUCCAGGUCUCAUCAACUGCUGCCCUACGCCCACGCCCGGGUUUGACGUGGUACAAUGCAUCCAAAGCUGCUGUUAGCAAUGCUACCAAGACUAUGGCUGUUGAGUAUGGGCCCAAGAAGAUAAGGUUCAACUGUGUGUGCCCGGUUGUUGGGAGCACUGGCAUGACACAUCUCUUCCUAGGGAAGCCGGACACCGAGGAAAAUAGGGCUGCGUUUGUGUCGACUAUACCACUAGGCCGUCCUUCGACGCCAGCAGACGUUGCGAAUACUUGUAGUUUCCUCGCAAGUGAUGAAGCGGGGUUUAUCACAGGAGUCGAGCUGGAGAUUGAUGGUGGCCGCUGCGUGUGAACGUUAUAAAGUCUGUGGUAGUACAGGGAUUUGCUCUAUUGCGGUUUACAUCAGUAGCGAAACUGGGAAUCCAUGUGAAUAUUGAGAGUAUAAACUGUUCCCCUAAAUUCAAGGAGAUUUUCGAAGA